AUGGCUUCGUUUUAUGCCGCGGAAACCCCCGAACGGGUGAAGAAAGCCCAACUAACUCUCACAAAGGGCCUGCACCUUAUAACUUCUCUGACCCCAAACGGAAGAAAGGUCCACAUUCUACUCGAAGAACUCAAGGACACCUACGGCCUUGAAUGGAUGAUAAGUCUGAUUGAUCUCGACAAAAAUGAACAGAAAAAAGACUGGUUCCUCAGACUAAACCCUAAUGGGCGCAUCCCAAUCUUAAUUGACAACAAUACAUGUCCGCCCCACGUAGUCAUGAAAUCAUCUGCUGAACUUUUGUACCUUGUUAAUUUGGCAGACAAAGACAAUAUUUUCUGGUUUUUGGAUCUGAUUGACAAGUGCAAUAUAAUUUUUCUCGGAAUAAUGCGGACCAAAGCCCUCACCGUUGCAAGCGAGAACUGCUGCAGGUGUACGACGUACUUGAAAUCCGUCUUUCAGGGAGAUAUGGUGGCGGCACACGGGAGUAUCUGGCUGGGCAGGGUCAGGGCAAAUACAGCAUUGCUGAUAUCAAUGCCUGGGCCUGGGUGCGAAAUAUUCGACGCAUUGGACUCUCGGAGAAUGAGUUGGCUCCGUUACCUCAUUUACAACAGUGGGUGGAUCGCAUUGCGGCGCGACCAGCUGUGGAGCGAGGUUUGGGGGAGUGGUAUGAUGAGGAUGUGCAUCCAGAGUUAUUGCUUGAGACUGCGUGACUACCUGCUGCGUUGCGCAUGA